CCAAUACAUAGAUUUCAAUUCAACUAGGCUCACAGUCAGACGGUCUGACGGAUGUAAAUACUUUGCGGCAGCGAUAUUCAAUUUUAUUGUAACAAUUUCAAAUAAACACUAUGUUUGCUAUUGACGCUCCGGUAGAAAUUCAAAAUUCAGAAUUUUGUAAUUAUCGUUCCCCGCUAAGCACUCGCUAUGCUUCCAAAGAAAUGCAAUAUAACUUUAGUGAUCAAAAGAAGUUUUCGACAUGGAGAAAACUAUGGAUUUAUUUGGCAAAGGCGGAAAAGGAGCUCGGUCUAGACAUCACCGACGAGCAGAUCGCCGAGCUAGAAUCAGCGAUACACGACAUAGACUUCGUAUCCGCCGCGCAACAUGAAAAGCAGGUCCGUCAUGACGUCAUGGCUCACGUGCACACGCUAGCGGAGCGCUGCCCAAAAGCAGCUCCUAUUAUCCACCUGGGAGCUACCUCGUGCUAUGUGGGAGAUAAUACUGAUCUGAUUGUACUGCGACAUGGUCUGGAUCUGCUGCUGCCGAGGUUAGCUGCUGUGAUCAGCCGCUUGGCGCAGUUUGCUGAUGAAUAUAAGUCGCAACCCAUCCUUGGGUUCACGCAUCUGCAACCCGCACAAUUGACCACAGUCGGCAAGAGAGCAUCUCUCUGGCUGAGCGACCUGCUGAUGGACGAGCGUGCUCUCUCACGCGCAAGAGAUGACCUCAGAUUCAGAGGAGUUAAAGGCACUACCGGCACUCAAGCCUCUUUCCUACAACUUUUCAAAGGAGACGGCGCAAAAGUACGCGCCCUAGAUAAAAGAGUCGCCGAACUUGCCGGCUUCGACAAGAGAUAUAUCGUCACCGGACAAACUUAUUCGAGAAAAGUCGAUUUAGAAGUUAUUUCUGCUCUUUCUGGACUUGGAGCUACGGUGCAUAAAAUGUGUUCUGACAUUCGUAUUUUGGCUUCCCGCAAGGAAUUGGAAGAGCCAUUUGAAGCCUCACAAAUCGGAUCUAGCGCUAUGCCCUACAAACGUAACCCUAUGAGGUCUGAGCGUUGCUGCGCUUUGGCUCGUCACCUCAUCACCUUACACGCGAAUGCUGCUAAUACUCAUGCGGUUCAAUGGUUGGAGCGUACCCUGGACGACUCAGCGAACCGUCGUAUAACUCUUGCCGAAGCUUUCCUGACUGCAGAUGCUACUCUAUUGACACUGCUUAACGUUACUCAAGGAUUGGUUGUAUAUCCUAAAGUGAUCGCCCGCCAUAUUGCGCAAGAGCUGCCGUUCAUGGCAACUGAAAACAUCAUCAUGGCUAUGGUACAGGCUGGAGGUGAUCGUCAAGUGUGCCACGAGAAGAUAAGAGUAUUGUCUCAUCAGGCCGGAGCCGUGGUCAAACAAGAGGGCAAGGACAAUGACUUGAUCGAGCGCGUCAAGAACGACGGUUACUUCAAGCCGAUCAUACCGCAAUUGGAUAAAAUUUUGGACGCUUCUACGUUUAUCGGCAGAGCUCCGGAACAAGUCACCGAGUUCAUAGAGGAGGAGGUCGAUCCUAUCAUCUUUAAAUACAAGGAUUCUUUGGCCGACGUUGCGAAGCCGGUAGCUUUAAGCAUUUAAUUACUGUUUUCCAUCAUUGUUAACUCGAAUCGUGUAAUCGUGUUAUAAAUAAAAAUAAGUUUUUAUGAAUAAAAUGAUUUAUUUACAUUA